GUAUGUAAUUGACACAUCCUGUUAUUCAUUAGAAAGAAGAAACUGUUCCAGACCUAGGUCUUGGAUAUGUUUUUAUGUUUCAAUCUUUGUCUCAAAUAACCAUCAGUGUUGUUCCAUUGACUCUCAUAGAUGUAAGACCUUAAUGGCUUGGUUAACUGAUGAUUAUCUUUUACAAGUCUUUACUGAAAUUUGAUAUUCAAGAUCAUACAAGCAAUCCAGUAGUUGAAAUUACCCCAACGGUUUUAAGUUAUAGUCAAGUGAAUGUUGAUGAACCUACCUGUUGUCACAUAAUGAAUUGGGUUGCUGUUUUCAGGCUAUAUGACGAGAAGUGUGACACACAAUGUCGGUGAAUGUUCUAGUUCUGCAUCUUCAAACUGUCAGCAAAAUGUCGAGGAUGACAGAAUGAUUGCUGCUGUACUUUCAGAAGAGUAUGCUAAGUUAGAUGGUGCAGUUCCUAGACGCCUUACUAACCUCGCACCUAUUCCUCAUGUUCCACGGAUAAAUUCCUACAUUCCAAAUGUAAGUGAGGCCAGCUUGGAUCACCAAAGGCUGCUUCAGAGGCUGAAUGCUUAUGGCUUGUGUGAAGUGAAGGUCUCAGGAGAUGGAAAUUGUCAGUUUCGUGCACUAUCGGAUCAAAUGUACAAAUCUCCUGACCAUCAUAAGUAUGUUCGGAAAGAGAUUGUGAAGCAGCUUAAACACAACCGUUCUUUGUAUGAAGGCUACGUCCCCAUGAAGUACAAGUGCUAUUACAAGAAAAUGGCCAAAUCUGGUGAAUGGGGAGAUCAUCUUACUUUACAAGCAGCAGCUGAUAAGUUUGCAGCGAAGAUAUGUCUCCUAACUUCAUUUAGAGAUACCUGCUUUAUUGAAAUUAUGCCUCUGUACCAGGCUCCUCAGCGAGAGCUGUGGUUAAGUUUCUGGUCUGAAAUACAUUAUAAUUCACUGUAUGAAAUUCGAGGUGCUCCCAUUCAGCGUAAGCCUAGGAGGAAACACUGGUUGUUCUAGGGGUUGGGAUUAAUCGUGUCCAUGUUGCAAAUGGAGGUUGGCCUUACACUGUAUAGUUCCUUUGUUUUUUGUUUUUGUGCUCUUGCAGUUACUCAAUUUAUCAUGUAAUUUGACCAUA